AUGGAGGCGGAGAAGCACACGCCGCCGCGGGCCGUCGCUGACCAGGCCGGCGGUGCAAAGGAUGCUGCUGCUGCUGCUGCUGCUGCUGCUGCUGCUGCUGCUGCUGCUGAUGAUGUCGAGGAGGCCGGCCAGAACGGCCUGGCCCGAGCCCUGCAGGGCCGGCACUUGCAGUUCAUCGCCAUCGGGGCCACCUUUGGAACCGGCCUCUUCCUGGGCACCGGAGGCGCCUUGUCAAACGCCGGGCCGGCCUCUCUCCUCCUCGGCUUCGUCUUCAUGGGCCUGGUCGUCUACACCGUCAUGGUUGCCCUGGGCGAGAUGGCGGCCUACAUGCCCGUCGCGGGCGCCUUCACCGUCUACGCGAGCCGGUUCGUCGACCCGACGCUGGGCUUCGCCAUGGGCUGGAUCUACUGGUUCAGCUGGUCCAUCACGUUUGGCCUGGAGCUCACGGCCGCCGGCCUCAUCAUCGAGCUCUGGACCGAGUCGGUCAGCAUCGGGGUCUGGGUCGCCGUCUUCUGGGUCGUCUUCACGGCCGUCAACUUCUUCCCCGUCCGGUACUUUGGCGAGCUGGAGAUGUGGUUCUCCAGCAUCAAGGUCGUCACCGUCGUCGGCUUCGUCGUCUUCGCCGCCUGCGUCAACGCCGGGGCGGGCGACCAGGGCUACCUCGGCUUCCGGUACUGGACCUACCCGGGCGCCUUCCGCGCGUACCUGGUGGAGGGCGGCGUGGGCAGGUUCGUCGGCCUCUGGAGCGUCAUGGUCACCGCCGGCUUCAGCUACCAGGGCUCGGAGCUGGUGGGCAUCGGCGCCGGCGAGACGCGCAACCCGCGCAAGGCCAUCCCGCAGGCGAUCCGCUGGACCUUCUGGGGCAACUUUGUCCUGUUCGUCGCCGUCGUCUUCUUCCUCGGCAUCGACAUCCCCCACGACAACGCCGACCUGCAGAGCACGGCGACCAACGCCUCGGCCUCGCCGCUCGUCAUCGUCGCCAAGCUGGCCGGCGUGCAGGUGCUGCCGGACAUCAUCAACGGCGUGCUGCUGACGGCCGUGCUGUCGGCCGCGGCCUCGGACGUCUACUCGAGCACGCGGAUCCUGUACGCCCUCGCGGCCGAGGGUCUCGCCCCGGCCCUCUUCACCCGGACGAACCGCCACGGCACCCCGGUCUGGUCCGUCGCCUUCUGCUCGCUGCCGGGCCUGCUGGGCUUCCUCAACCUGUCGCAGAGCGGCGGCACCGUCUUCAAGUGGCUGCUCAACAUCACCGGCGUCGCCGGCUUCAUCGUCUGGGGGCUCAUCAACCUCUGCCACCUGCGCUUCAUGAAGGCGCUUGCGUUUCGGGGCAUCCCGCGCGCCUCGCUCCCCUACGCCGCGCCCUUGCAGCCGUACCUGUCCUGGUUCGGGCUGUUUUUCAACCUCUUGAUCCUCCUCACCAGCGGCUUCACGUCCCUGAUCCAGUGGAGCACGAGCGACUUCUUUGCCGCCUACGUCAGCAUCCUCCUGUUUGUCGCGCUCUACGUCGGCCACAAGCUCGUCUUCCGCACCAAGCUUGUCAAGAUUGAGGACAUGGACCUGUCCAUGGGACGGCGUGAGAUGUAG